CCGGUCUCAGGUUUCCACAAUUAUUCGUCCAAGGUUUGCAAAGCAACUCAGUAAACCCUUCGAAACUGGAGGCCUUUAUUUGUUGACUUUUGAAAGAAAAGUUACAAGAAACAACGAAUUUUUAAAAAAUAUUUUUAAAAUGACGCGGAUACGAAGUUUCUUAAUUGUUAUAGUUAUUAUUGUUUUAUGUGAUUAUUCAGUUUCCAAACCUCAGUUUCGUUCGAAACGUUCUGGAAGGGAUUACAUUCUUCGCAGUUGUACAGCAACUGCCUACCUGAUAAGAAAACACAGGAAUCACGCGAUAUCAGAUCUCCCAAAAAAUACAUCAGCUCCAGAAUUAAUCUUUUCUCUACCAAAGCAAAGUUCCAAAUAUCAUAGUCCUAUCAAAUCGGAUGCAAGGACUCACACACGGGAAGAGAGUGCAAAAUUAAAAUUACCCAACAAGAGACUCUAUCAUGGCAGGAGAAUCGGAAAUCAUAUAAAUAGAGCCAAUCUUCCAGAAUUUAAUCUCAAAGACACCCCUUUGAGAACGGUUCACAUUGAACCGAUUUACAAAAACAGGCCUCCGAUUUUUAUGAAGAAGGAUCCACUUCCCGAAUUAAAAGGCAACGUUCCAGGAGAAGACGUUCAUGCGGAUGCAAGGGUGGUUGUUGUCAAACCUUUGCAUUGAAAAUUGUGAAGAAUUUGUAUAAAUGUUGAUUUUUCGUUGUAAGAAUUUAGUAUUAUAAAACGCGGAAAGAAAUUUUAAUUGCCAGAUGAAUAAAAAAAAUUAAUAUCACAAAAGUACCUUUUACAGUUUAAAAUUUCAUAACUUUUCGCUGACUAAUUUCUCAAUUUU